UUGGAAUCGCUGAAACCCAUCAUCAAACUCGUGCCUACCGUCUGAUUACUCAACAAACGUCACGAAAGUCGUUCAAUUCGCAUAAUGUUGCGUGCUGCGAUGUUGUAAAUUACAGUCUCUGCGUUGCGAGUUCCCAGGUGUUAGUCUGGUGAGCUUAGAACUUGACAAGUUGCAGAAAGAGAGAAUGGAACUUUCAGAGUUCAAUCCACCACCAAUUCAAACAGAGUGUGAAAGUUCUAAAGAACUGGAUUAUACUGUUCGAUCGCCACUUGUCGCCGGUUUAAGAUGCGAACAGUAUGUAUAUGUUGGCGUGGCUUACCCAUAUAGACCCAAUAACAGAUGUUAUGUUAUGGGUUCGACACACACACAGCAGCUAAGAACCUUCCAAGGUACAUGAGACAAGGUCUCAAGCACAUCAAUCAGCAGAUGAAGAGAAGGUAAUGACAAGGAAGCAGAAGGCAGAGAGCAGGUCCAAAGAAGCAGAGAAUUCUCCAAAGAAGGCUAAGCAGGAGAAUGAAAACGAGCAUCCGAAUGGGAAGUCUGCAGAUGACAUUGAAAAAGAGUUUCAAGAAUUUUGUAAAGUUGUUAGGGAGAACCUGUCAGUUGAGCAAAUGAGAGCAAUUCUUGAAGCUAAUGACCAAGAAUCAUCUGGGAAUGAAGAUGAAAUUGCCUUCAAAUGCCAAGAUUUGCUGUUUUAUGGGCCACUGGAGAAAUGCCCAGUUUGUGGCAGCAAGUUGCAAUUUGAUGGUAAGCGAUAUUCUUGCAAAGGGUCAUACAGUGAGUGGUCUACUUGCACAUUCAGUACUAGAACACCACCAAGAAAAGAGGAGCCUAUAAAGCUUCCAGAUUCUGUCCUAAAUUCUCCAGUUUCAGAUUUGGUAAAGAAAUAUCAGGACCCAAGUCGCCGGCCUGCUGGGGAAUCAGCAACCCCAGCAAAACCUUUUACUGGAAUGGUGAUCUCAUUGUCAGGUCGUCUUUCUCGAACACAUCAAUACUGGAGAACACAAAUUGAGAAACAUGGAGGGAAGUUUUCCAGUUCAGUUAAUGGAGUGACUUGUCUUGUUACAUCACCAGCUGAGAGAGACCGGGGUGGCUCUAUCAAACUUGCAGAAGCUCUGGAGAGGGACAUACCAGUGGGGAGUGAAGCUUGGUUGUAUGACAGCAUUGAGAAACAGGAGGCUCAGCCUCUUGAAGCUUAUGAAGUUCUUGCUGACCUUAUAGUCAGCGGCCAGGGAAUUCCAUGGGAUAAGAUGGAUCCUAGCGAGGAGGCUAUUGAAUCCCUCUCAGCAGAGCUCAAGCUAUUUGGUAAGCAAGGAGUCCACAAGGAUACCAAAUUGCAGGAGCAAGGUGGGCAGAUAUUCGAGAAAGAUGGGAUAUUGUACAACUGUGCCUUCACUGUUUGUGAUAGAGGGCGAGGACUAAAUGACUUUUGUAUCAUUCAACUGAUUACAGUACCAGAUAAUCACUUGCACCUGUAUUAUAAGAAAGGAAGAAUAGGAGAUGAUCCAAAGGCAGAGGAGAGGCUUGAAGAGUGGGAGAACACAAACAAUGCUAUACAGGAAUUUGUGAGGCUUUUUGAGGAAAUGACUGGUAAUGAGUUUGAACCAUGGGAAAGGGAAAAGAAGUUUCAAAAGAAGCCAUUAAAGUUUUAUCCCAUUGACAUGGAUGAUGGAGUUGAAGUGAGACAUGGGGGCCUUGGUCUCCGGCAACUAGGAGUUGUAGCUGCACACUGCAAACUUGAACCCAUGAUUACAAAAUUUAUUAAAGUUUUGUGCAGUCAAGAAAUUUACAAAUAUGCUCUGACUGAGAUGGGAUUGGACUCCCCAGACCUGCCAAUAGGAAUGCUUACCGAUGUCCACCUGAAUAGAUGUGAGGAGGCUCUCAUCAAGUUCGUUCUAAAAGGGAAGUCGAUGAAAGAGACGGGUCAGAGAGCUGAGGCUAUUUGGACAGAUUUUAGCAACAGAUGGUUCACUCUAGUGCCCUCCACCAGGCCUUUUGUUUUGAGGGACUACCAAGAUCUUGGAGAUUAUGCUUCAGCUGCAUUGGAGACGGUUCGAGACAUAACUGUGGCUUCACAUCUUAUAGGAGACAUGAGUGGGUCUACCCUUGAUGAUCCUUUAUCUGAUCGUUACAAAAAAUUGGGCUGCUCAAUCUCAGUGCUGGAAAAGAACUCUGAUGACUAUAGUAUGAUCCUUGAUUACCUUGAGAAGACUUAUGAACCUGUUAAAGUUGGAGACAUUGAAUAUGGGAUAUCUGUUGAUUAUAUCUACGCGGUCGAACCAAGUGCAUGUCCUUCACUGGAUGAAAUUAGGAAGUUGCCUAACAAGGUUCUCUUGUGGUGUGGUACUCGCAGCUCUAACCUGUUGAGGCACUUGCAUAAAGGAUUCUUGCCAGCUAUCUGUUCUCUUCCAGUUCCAGGUUACAUGUUUGGCAGGGCAAUUGUUUGUUCUGAUGCUGCUGCUGAGGCUGCCAGAUAUGGUUUUACAGCUGUAGAUAGACCAGAAGGUUUCUUGGUGUUGGCCGUUGUCUCUAUGGGUGAAGACAUUAUCGAGGUUGACAGCCCACCGGAGGACACACAGACAUUGGAGGAGAAAAAGAUUGGCGUGAAGGGAUGGGGACGAAAGAAAACCGAUGAAUCCGAACAUACUGUUUGGAGAGAUGACAUCAAGGUUCCUUGUGGCCGUUUGGUUCCAUCAGGUCACAAAGACAGCCCUCUUGAAUACAAUGAGUACGCUACCUACGACCCAAAAAAGGCGAGCAUAAGGUUCUUGGUGGGAGUCAAAUAUGAAGAGAAGGGGGUGGUGAUGGACACUGUGGAAUGAAAAUAGCAAAGAAAAGGUCUUGUAGGUUACUACUUUUUGUCCCUCCCUCCGUAUGUUUUGUCCCAAGGCGGCAAGGCCUGUUUCUGAGGAGAUGAUGUGGGGGGUGUAGAAGUUAGUGUAAGCUUUUGUAAAUGGGAUGGUGAGUCUUUUUGUUUGAAGAGCUGGUGGAUAGAUGCUUGCCGGAUCUUGUAAACUUGUGUGAUGUGAUGGUAUCGAUGCCUUUUGUUCUU